CUAAUUGACAUCGGAUCAAUUUGUUUGUUUUUAAAAAAUUAUUUUAUUUACUUCUACCUUAAUUAAGUAUCUAGCUAAUUCAAUAAAAGUUUCAAGUGGUCGAACAAUUGAUUGUCAUCAAGUAUAACAACACUCAAGCAACAGAAGUGACUCAAAAGUGAGAAAAAACAAACCUUUAUUUACAUUCAACAAAUUUCACGAGUUUUAAGUUUAGUUAAAUAUUUCAAUAAAAUGGACAUUGACUCACCAUUAAAACAGAUCCUUGGAAGUCCUCUAAAGAUUCCACAACAAAAUCCAGCAGUUUUACAUCCACUUCAUCAUCAAUUAGCACCAAGCGGUCCACAAGAGGCAAUAAAUACAAUCAAGAUACAAAAUUGUGUAGCAAGUGUUGCUCUUGGCUGUGAACUAAACCUACAGAUGAUAAAUUAUCGCACAAGAAACAGCGAAUAUAAUCCACAAAGAUUCCAUGGUGUUGUUAUGAGAAUUCGUGAGCCUAGAUGUACAGCACUGAUAUUUAGAUCUGGUAAAUUGGUUUGUACAGGUGCAAGAAAUGAACAUGAUGCACAUUUAGCAGCUAGAAAGUUCGCAAGAAUCAUCCAGAAGUUAGGACAUGAAGUAAAAUUUAUAGAUUUUAAGGUACAGAACUUAGUAGCAACUGUCGAUCUCCGAUUUCCGAUACGUCUGGAAAAUCUCAAUCAAAUGCAUGGACAAUUCUCAUCCUACGAGCCUGAACUAUUUCCUGGACUAAUUUAUCGAAUGGUACGGCCUCGAGUCGUGCUGCUCAUUUUCGUUAAUGGCAAAAUUGUAUUCACAGGUGCAAAAUCAAAUCAGCAGAUUGCAGAAAGUCUCGAGAACAUCUACCCAAUUUUACAGAGCUUUCGAAAGAAUUAAAAUGUUAUUAUUAAGCCUUAAUCUACUUAAUUUAAUGAAAUAAUAAAAAAUUAUUUUCACGUAUGAUAAGCAUAUAAAAAAUAUGAGAAUAUUUGCCUCUGUUGAGCUGUUUCGGCCCACACAAGAAUUGCUUUUUCAACACCUACGCGAAGAGAAAGAAUAUGAAAAGCCAGUGAUGCGAAUCAAGCGAAAAAUUAAAACAUUUUUGCACAUUUUUUUCCGUAUGUUUUUAUUUAUUUUAAUUAAUCAUAAUGAGAAUCGCAUUAAGUAAUUAAUUUCGAGCUGAAUUUUGAUCGUGUUGGUGUUUUGUGGGCUUUGCGAAGUAUUUUAAUAGAAAAUGAUAACUUGCUCGUUAAAGGUUGGAUGAUUAGAUGAUCCAGGACAAUUUAUGAGGAUUGAGCUGCUAGAUUCUCAAGAUCUGGGGCAUCAACCCGAGUGGACAAAGUACUAGUUAAAAGCUUGCCGUUGACUUGCCUGUUCAUGACGAGUAAGUAUCCAUUGACGUGCCUUUGCAACUAGACUUAGGGACGACUAAUGACAUAUUUUGCGCUUUCCAUUUAACUGGACAUAGGAAUCGCACACAUGUCUAGUUAAUGUCCAGUUACAAAAAAAUCGAAAUAAAAUAAAUCUUUUUCUCCAUUUUUUUUCUUUU